UGGGAGUUUCCCCUGUGGGAGGGGCUAUGGCGCGGAACCGCGCGGAAGGCGGGGCUUAUAGUCAGUAUAGUGGAAUACUAUUGGCCAGGGAGUUUGUCAAUCAACGUAGAAGCGGCACACGCAGAGCAAUAAUGGCUGAUUCUCAUGUCACCAUGGCUCAGCAGCGCUGUCAGGAGAAAACACCCGUCCAGAUCCUGCACGAGCACGGCAUUAAGAUCGGCCGCGCGCCCGUGUACGAGCUCAUCCAGUCUGACGGAGACACGCACCAGCCCUGCUUCAUGCUCACUGUCACCAUAGGAGAAAUCACCUGCAAAGGUCGAGGAUCCACUAAAAAGGCUGCUAAACAUGAAGCUGCAGAAGCCGCCUUGAAAUUAUUGAAACGAGACACCCAGCCAAAUGAUCAGAGAGAUGGUUUUUCUCCUGAAGCCGGCGACACAUCCAACCCUGUGGGAGUCCUGCAGGAGCUGGCCAUGCACAGAGUGUGGUGUCUGCCGGAGUAUGUGGUGUGUAUGGAGACGGGGCCGGAUCACAUGAAGGAGUUCUCCGUGGCCUGUCGUCUGGAAGGCCUGGAGGAGUCAGGCACCGGCAGCUCCAAAAAGCUGGCCAGACGCGCAGCAGCUGAACGCAUGCUGGGGAAACUACAGAGUCUGUCCGGAUCUACCGAGAUCACAUGGAGCCCACCUUCUCGCGUGUAUGUGGAAAGCUUACGGCAGGCCACAGGGGAGAAGAUUUCCCUCCUGAGGAGGACGCCGCUCAGCCUCCCGAACACAGACUACAUUCAGAUGCUGCUGGAGAUCUCACUGGAGCUGGGCUUUCAGGUCACAUACAUAGACAUCGAUGAGCUGACAGUGAACGGUCAGUACCAGUGUUUGGUGGAACUGUCCACCCGGCCGGUGACGGUGUGCCACGGCACAGGGAUGACCAGCAGUAACGCCCACAACACCGCAGCACAUAACGCCCUGCAGUAUAUCAAGAUGGUCGCUAGUAAACUCUAAAAGCAGGUGUGUGAUCCGGGAGGUCCUGAUCCCGAGCCUGUUUCACACAGCACACACAAGCACUGCAACCAAUGGACACAUUCUGCUGUUAGAGACCAGACUCUCUGCAGAAAAUAAAUGAAUUUCUGGAUUACAACACUGAUUUUAUUCUUGGAUGUUGCAAAGCACUACAUUUACAUCCAAAUAUACAGUGACCCUCAAACUGGAGUAAGUCAGAUGUACUUGUUUUUUUGUUUUGUCACUACAUGAAACCAGACUCAAAUACUCUAAUAGUUUUUUUUUUUUUUUUUUAAUUGCCUACACUCUCAAAGUUAUUUCUGAGGCACACCAUACGCUCAUAUACCAUAUCUUCAGACCAAGUCAAAAUCAAAAAAUUAUUCACAAACAAAAAAAUUCUCCUAUGCAUUUCUGCUUACAGUAUAUUGUAAAUAUAUUCUGAAUAUGCAUACAAGUCAAGUCAUCUUUUUUUCUAAUGCUUUAUACAGCACAGAUUGUUUCAAAGCAGUAGUAACAAAUUCAAACAAGUGUCAUUAUACAGCUCAAGUUAGUUCAGUGUUGAUUCAGUCCAGUUCAAUAACUGUAACGCUCAUCAGUUGUGCAUACUGUAUUUACAGUGUAUUUUUGCACAUACAUGUGUGGGUGCUGUGAUAAACACUGCACACUGAACAGGCAAAAGACACAAGAUAGUACUUUUACUUGCAAAAGAGUUAUUUUAAAACAAUUUUUAAGAAUUAAAAUAGUUUUGAAAAGUAUUUAAUUUUGCGAGAUAUGUAAAAUGUUUUGUGUGUAGAGUGUGGCGACAAGGAGCCAUAGUUUCAGUGAUUGUGUAAGCAAUAAAAAAAAAAAAAAAAAACACUGUAAUGUUUACAGUACGUUCUCAAGGCUCAACAUCUUCUGCAUGCCGCUCAGAGAACAGUGAACGCUUUAAACUGGUAACUGUGAUGGUUAAACGAAACUUUGCAAUGCAUCGCAAAACGGUCCGUUAUUCGAAGCUUUUCUAUACGGUUUAUGGUGGGGUACCACUGGUUUCAUCGUAUUUGCUUCUGUAACUGAUUCUUUUUAUUUUAUUUUAUUUUAUUUUAUUUUAUUUUAUUUAGACAAUGUAGAAGUGAUUCUUUUAUUUAUCUUAUUUUAGUGCUGUGCCUAUAACUAUAACAGUUUAUUUGGGCCUUAUAUAUUGGCGGAAAACAAUGUACUACAGAAAACCGCAAUGAAGUGUGAAUACUGUUACAUGAACAAACUUUUUUUUUUAAACACAAGCUUCACUACAUGUUGAUAUGGGUGCCGCUGUGUGAAACAGCCCUUCAUGGAAAAGACAAGGACUGCUACUCAUUUGGCAAAUAAAGAUACAUCAAACCCAAGAGUCUUCAGUUAGUCGUCAGUUAUUUCCCUGUAUUAUCUAAUCUCAUAGACCUGCUCCAACAACCUUACUCGUAUCGAGAAACACAAGCAAUUUUGUUGUCUUGUUCUUAUAAGAUUUCGUCUUCCUGUUAUAAUUUUUUUUUUUUCUGCAUUAAAAUUGUUUACUAUACAUACUA